AUGGUGUUUAAAGGAACAGCAACUAUGAUUGUGCGAAUAAGUCGUGCAGUCCUUUCGCGUUCAUUAAAACCACUAUAUCCUUCUCGUGUUCAUGAAAUAACACAAAUUAAUAAAAAUUCUCAAGUACAUCCAAAACAUCCAUUAUGUUUCGAUUCAUUGUCAUCUACUUAUCGAUCAUUCUUUUCUUAUCAUGGGUCAUUGAUUGGUCGUUACCAUCAAAAUCUUUCGAAUUUGCUGCCAUAUCAAACAGCGCUCAAUGAACUCAAACGACAAUUUUUUUUUGCUGAUCCAACUGGUUCACGUCUUCUUUUAAGUCUUCUCGGUUAUUCACUUAUACCACAAUCAUCAUUUGAUACUAAUCGUCUUGACGAAACUAUCAAUAAAAUUGGUAUUCUUCUAUCAAAAAAUACCAACGUGGAUCAAUUAAAUGAUGAUAAUGGCCAAUAUAAUCGAGCAUCGCUCGAUGAUUUUGAAUUAGGUCGUUUACUUGGUUAUGGUUGUAAUGCAGCUGUUUACGAAGCAAGACUUCGUACAUCAUCAGAAAGAACAUCUCACAUAACAAAACAAUCAGAUUUUACAAUUAAUGAUGAAAACAGUAGUGAAAGUGAUAUUGAAACACUUUCACGUCAAUCAUCAAAUACUUCAUCAUUGUAUGAAGAUACAUAUGAUAACCUUGACGAUGAAGAACGACUUCAUGAAUUGACAUUAAAAGAAGGUAUGACAAAGGCUUCCUAUGAUAUGACCAAAAAUAAAUUAAGGUUAAUUCGAUAUCGAGCGUCGACAAAUAUGAAUACAUCAUCUAAUAUUGAAUCCAAUGUAUUACCAACUGGUGAAUUUAAUUUAGCAAUAAAAAUGUUAUUUAAUUAUGGUAUUCAAUCAAAUGCUGAAGCCCUUGAAAGAGCCAUGGAUAAAGAAUUAUUACCAUUACGUAAAUGUUCUUACCAUCCAAAUAUAGUUCGUAUGUAUUCAUGUUUUGUUGAUUCAUUUCCAUUAUUAAGCGAAGCAUAUGUAUAUUAUCCAAUGGCAAUACCAACAAGUUUAUCACCAGAUGGUUAUGGAAGAAAUAAAACAUUAUUUAUUGUUAUGCGUCGUUAUGAUUUAACAUUAAGUGAAUAUAUUCGUUUAAAUAAACCAACAUAUCAUGAACGUUUAAUGCUUUUUGCACAAUUACUUGAAGCUUUAUUAUAUUUAAAACGUCAUUCAAUUGUUCAUAGAGAUUUAAAAAGUGAUAACCUACUUAUAUGUAGUUCAACAGGUGAACUUGUUUUAGCUGAUUUUGGUUGUGCUUUAUAUCAACCACCAAAUUUAAAAGUACCUUAUACAACUGAUGAAAUUGGUAAAGGUGGAAAUCUUGCAUUAAUGGCACCUGAAAUUAUAUCAUGUCAAGCUGGUCCAAAAAAUUAUCUGGAUUAUAAUAAAGCUGAUCUUUGGGCAAGUGGUGCUUUAUGUUAUGAAUUUUUUUCUUUACCAAAUCCAUUUUUUCAUGGUUCAUUCCGACAAGAAACAUAUAAUGAUGAACAAUUACCAACACUUCUACCUCUAGUAUCUCCACUUAUUGAAAAACUUGUUCAUUCUAUGUUACGAAGAAAUCCUAAAGAGCGUCCAUCGGUAUCUCGUGUUUGUAAUUGUAUUCAUUUAUAUCUUUGGUUUCAAUCAACAACUUUAAAAAUGAAUAAAAAUGAAUUUUAUCAUACAUAUAUGUGGACAGCAUUAGAAACAUUAUUUAAUAAACGUACAUUAUCAUGUGUUGAACUUAAUUUAAAAAAACUUUUCUUUCAACGACAAUGUUCUCAAUCAUUAUAUGAUGCACAAACAUAUCUUAAUCAACUUUCAAUAUAA